GAUAAGAUAAAAUAAUAUUGAUGUAUUAUAUCGGUGAUUAAGUAAACCUGUCGUCAAAUAACAAAAAUGGAAUCAAAUGAUCAAAAACCGAUACCAACAGGCUUACCCUAUUUAUGGAGUUACCCAGGUGGUCUCAAUAUACUUGAAGAGGCACUGAAUAUAACAAUCAUCAUCUUUUUGGCAUUUAUGGGUUUCUCAUUACACGCCAAUUUACUUUGCGGAGUAACAUUUGUAGCAGCCAUUCAGACAGCAGUUUUUAUGAUUUUGCACAUGAAAGGUACCAUACGAAGAUCGAAAUUAGCGUGGCACUGGUUCGAAUGCGUAUCGGUUUUGAUUGUUGCUUUACUUCUAGCGAUUUUUGCGUCAGUAAUAAUGACUGUUUGGACAAGAGGAUAUAUUAUCGCGGGGUGAAUUUUGUUGCAGGUGAUUGGGUACCUUGCGUCGAUGGUUUACUUUUUUGAUACGUUUCAGAAGUAUCAAAUCGCAGUUACGCCGGUUCCAAAGUACGCCUGGACCACGCCUAACAUGCCAGACCUUAACUAAUAUUCAAUUUAAGAAAUAUUUGUUGAUUUAAAAUUCACUUUACUGUGGUCUCUAUUGUAGGCUUUGUAUUGUGUGCUAAACUGAGCGCCUGUUCUACCCGUUUAUGUACCUAAACAAGUUAUAAAAUGUGGACAAUAAUGUGACAUGAGUUAGUUACAAUUUAACAUUUAAAUGCAUAAGCUGGUAAAACGAAUUACCUAAUGAUUUUUUACCUGUGUUUAGAACUCUACAUUAUUUAUACGUCGACCAUUUUCGUGUAGAUAUCUUAACAAUUUGUCAACUUUAAGUACGCUUAUUGUUUUAUAAAAUUUUCAAGGAGCAGCUGUUAAUAAUAAUUAAUCUUAAUUGUUGGCCAUUAUCACAGGAAGAAACAUAUAAAUCAUUAAAAUUAUUCGUUUAUUAUUUAUUUUUUUAUUUAUUUUUGUUCAACAAUUUCUUAAUGUAUUUUUUUGUAUGUAUCAAUAAAAUAAGCUUGUUUUAAAGAGAAAA